AUGGACGCCAUUUCGUCAGCGUGCCUUAACAUGCACCUCGAGUAUGAUAGUUUGAUUUCGAAACUUCUAGAGUGGUCAUCAACGAAUUUCCGACGCGGGUCUACCCGGAUAUAUGUUACCGUGCGGCUAUUACGGAAAUGGAGGAAAUCCGGCAUUGAUACAGACAGCUCUAUUGUCUCCUUCCUUCAGCACAAGGCUGAAUCUUCAGUGUUGGAGAAAGGGAAUAUAUAUCACGUCAUAUCUGAACUUGUCCGGUCCCAGUCUUUUGCGGUAGGCAAGUACUUACAGUGGCUCGUGGCUCGAGGGGCCGUCACGAAUGACAAGCCCAUGCAUCCAAAUGUUGAGCUUCUUGUUCAUCUUCCAUCUCGACGACUGCCUUCCCAUGUGUGGAAUCUCCGAAACACCCUUCUUACAAGGGCUGGGUUCUCAAUCAAUACCGAACGGCAGCAGACCCUGAGUAUCAAAAGCAACAUAUAUUGUCAGUUAUCAGAUGUUAUUACCAAACCGGUUCCUGGCGAUUCUGUUGAAGUAUCUCCACCGAUAAACUUAUCGAGUUUGGGCUGGACCAUCAAAUCUGAAAUCGGACAAUGGAUACGUGAACACGUCAUGCUGCAUCGCAAACGAUAUCUGAGAACUGUAUCAAACCAUGGCAUUACAGGCCGUGCAGUCGAGAUUUCGGCCCUGACGCCCGCCCAAUUUUUCAAAAUCCGAGAUAUUAUUGAGAAUUUGGGAGAUUUGUCGCUUUUGGCGGAUAUUCUAAAACAAGCAUCGAGCUCGGAUGAUAUCACUGUGUUAAUUUCCGUUGCGGACACUUUGAAUUGCCACACCGAACCAUUCAAAGCCAUCGGCGCGUCAACAGAUCUCUUCAAAAGCAUUCUAGCUGGUUAUAGCAACGCCAACAAGGCGGACCUUUCGAUAAUAGACUUGAUAUCUUCGCUUCUUGAAGUAGGGAUAAAAUUACCGCAUGAGCAGUCUGCCAUGAUAAUGCUUCGCCGCGACCUCUCGCGUUUCGAUAAAAGCUCCUCGGCAGCGGCUUCUUCUCCGGCAUCUGAGCAUACCGUGGACUCAAUUAAUCUAGCCAAAUCGGGUUUCAUCGAAACCCUACAUCAGCUACUCAAUUCAGGGACCACCUUGGACGAAGCAAACAUAAAUCUGCUAAAUUCUUCAUCGCGACCCUGCCUACUAGCCUUUCUCCCGCCUUUGGUUGGCGUUGGUUGUGUCACACUCCAUUCAUUUUUCGCUUUUGUAAACGGACUUCUGGAUUCUGAUGUGCAUCGUCAAUCGAUACCAAACAUAACAGGGCUUCGCCUUGAUAUGGUCAAUAUUCUCUGCAAGGAAAAGUUUCAUGAACAUGAUCCUUUCGAUUUUGUGUCUUACCGAUUCAAAAUUGCCAGAGAAGACUAUAUAACGCAGCACAGUUAUAACGCCUUGGGCCUCAUCAAUGAGACUUUCGCAGAAAUAACGGGGUGUUCAACAACCGACAUUUAUCAGGUUGUGGAAAAAUGGACGCCCUCAAUCCUACCUUUACUAUGCGACAUAAUUGUGCAAAAUUUGAAUACAUUUGGUCCCGAAGGCGCCGGUCGAAUCGUGGAAGAAUUCCCAAACUGUGUGAAUGCUAUCCACCAAGCAUUGGAUAUUCUUCUAGGAUCAAGAUCACAAGCCGGUGAACAGAAGACUCAAAGCAUUGUUGAGCUAAUUGACGAUUUUUCGCUAUCAUAUUGCUUGACCAAACUUCGCCUAUUACUCGAGACCGAAUCAAACGGGGAUACUACCAGAAGUAGUAUUGUUAAUUUGUUGUUUAAAACUGCAGAGUCUGAUGUCCGCGCAGGUGAACGUCGCUGGCUUGAAGUUUUGAAUGUGUUGCCGAUCAAUGCAGCGCAGUUGAUCAGGCAGCGCGCCGAAUGCGAACUCCUAGGGCUCCCUUUCCUUUCAACUCAUUCUCCAGACUCUUCGAAUGAGGAGACAGCAUUAAUCUUCCUCCGGAUAGUGGAAGAGUUGUCUUACUCAAUCCCAAACAAUUUUGUCCCAUCAUCAAUGGGCAACGAUCUCGGUGACAAGAUGCAAUCCCUUCUACAGCGGACUGUAGAAUUAGGAAAUAUUAAAAAGGACCCGGAUAUUUUAACACCAGAGCUAAACAGCAUUGUUUUGUCGGGAGAGUCCUCAAUCGGUGUCUGGUUUUUCAUCCUUCUUCGCUUGGUGGCCCUGCAUCGAUCACUUCUUCCAACAAACCAAAGCUCCAAAGCGGAACUUAAUCAUCAAAUUCGUCUCUUAAUCCGGAUUAUAUGUAUCUCGCGGUCGUGGUUGUUUGCCAGCCGCUCAUCUGAGAGUUUCAAUUCCUCCUUCUCCCAUUUCACGCAUGACAGCCAUCUUUUGCUCAGUCUUCCAAGCUCCUGGCCUAGUUUGCAGCUUCAGGCACUUGACGUUUGUUCCACACUCGCCGAUACCCUUCCGGAUGAAGCGCGAAAUGAAUGUGCCCGCUUUUUGAGGGAAAAAUAUUCCGCAUUCCUUCAUCCCGACAACGAUCCUCGCCUCCUAUAUCUUCUUGGUCCGUUUGCAGAACCUCAACCCGUUGCAGCCAAUGUUGGAUCGGGCAUGCCGGCAAAUACACCAGUCACGAGUCUCCUACCACAUUUACAACCCAUUUCGCCUCAAAAUCCAUCGAUCCCUACAUCUGCGGCUGCUCUGGUCGAGGAUCCUGAUUCCUUCACAAAUAACCUUCAUUUUCAACAAAACGGCCGAACCAUUGGCCCAUACCCUCCAAAACCAUGGGAAAUGCUAGGAGAGGCAGCUCCUAUGGUAGGUGUCAAUGAUACACCUGUGAACUUGACCUAUUUUGGAACAAGACAGGUUAAACUACCGUGA